GUGCCGCAGUGAGUGAGAGGCGGCAGGGAGGAGGAGCGCGCGUGCGGAGGAGACGCGGUGGCAGGCAGACAGACAGGCAGGGGGAAGAUGUUUGAGACUCUGCGCGAGCGGCUGCUGAGCGUGCAGCAGGACCUCACCUCGGGGUUGAAGACUUUGGGUGACAAAUCAAGAGAAGCAAAAAUAAGCAAGCAGAGGGCUGUUCAGUAUUUGCCAAAGUUCUCUGCUGGAUUGGAAUUGCUCAGCAGGUAUGAAGACACUUGGGUGGCCCUUCACAAAGGAGCUAAGGAAUGUGCAAAAGCUGGAGAGCUAGUGGAUAGCGAAGUUGUGAUGCUUUCUGCACACUGGGAGAAGAAGAGGAGUAGUCUAAUAGAGCUGCAGGAACAACUCCAGCAAGUUCCAGGGUUUUUAGCAGAUCUGGAGUCCAUGACAGCAAAUCUGGCCCAGCUAGAGGUAAACUUUAAGGAAAUGGAAAAUCAUCUGUUGCAUCUUGAAGACCUGUGUGGACAGUGUGAGUUGGAAAGGUACAAACAUAUGCAGGCACUACAGCUGGAAAACUACAAGAAAACAAAAAGGAAAGAACUUGAAACCUUCAAAGCUGAGCUAGAUGCUGAGCAUGCCCAGAAGGUUUUGGAUAUGGAGCAUACCCAGCAGAUGAAGCUAAAGGAGCGUCAGAAGUUCUUUGAAGAAGCCUUCCAGCAGGAUAUGGAGCAAUACCUUUCUACAGGAUACCUGCAGAUAGCAGAGAGACGAGAGCCAAUAGGAAGUAUGUCUUCCAUGGAGGUGAAUGUGGACAUGCUGGAACAGAUGGACCUGAUGGACAUGUCUGAUCAAGAAGCACUAGAUGUCUUCUUGAACUCAGGAGAGGACGAUAGCAUACUAUCUCCCAUUUUGGGGCCUGAAUCCAAAACCUGUCAGAAUGAAAUAAGCCUCCAGGUUCCAAGCCAGUCUGAAUUAAGGCAAAAAUUGUCUUCAUCAUCAUCAGCCUGGACUGACUCUGCCAGCCAGGGUACCAGUGAAGUAGAGUCUCCUGUUAUCCAGUCUGAUGAGGAGGAAGUUCAAGUGGACACUGCCCUUGCUGCUGUAAAUACUGAAAGAAAAGGUACUUCAGAUGUCAGUGAUGAAAGUGACUCUCAGACUGUUUGAAUCCUAGCACCAUAUCUUCUAAGAAUCUUUGACUUUUGAAUGAACGAAGAGCUCGCCCAUGUUGUAGGAAUUAGUUAACUAAUCAUGAAAGUCUAUAAUGUUACCAGCCACGUGGAUUUUUUUUUAAAAUUGCCUAAACCACACACUUUAAUAAUAAAGUUUUGGGAUUUUUUGGAGCAGUCAAGCUUUGUAUAUACUGUGUAUAGAACUAACAGGGAGAUUGGAUAAUCUUUAAAUUCCUUAACACUGAUGUCACAAUGUUCCUUAUCUGCAUGUUUGAGCUAUGUAGCUGAAUAUAGAAGAUUCACAAACAAAACCAUACAUGCUGCCAAAGACACUGCUGCAGCAGCAUCCACUGCCCCCAUGUUGAAUGUAUUGGGAUAACUUUCGCUACAAAUGAAAGAUACUUACCAAGGGAUGGGAGCUGCACAUUGAAACCGUACCCUUCUGCUGGAGCAGCCCUUUUAGCACUGUUAUAAGCAUGCUCCUUUCGUUGAAUAAAGUAUUUCUACCCC